AUGGCCGCCGCCGCCGCCGCCGCCGAGGAUGCGAAGGAGAAGGAGCUCCUGUCGUCGGUGGUGGGCGACAUCCGGAGCUACUCCGGCUCCGACCCUCUCCGCCCGUGGCUCCGGGGGAUGCGGAAGAUGGAGCGGGCGCUGCCGCCGGCGACGCUGCGGGAGAAGCUGCCCAGGUUCCUCCAGAAGUGCGCCCAGGAGUUCCAGGACGACGCCCGCUACCGCGACGACCCGCGGUACCUCCGCGUCUGGAUCCAGCUGAUGGACUACGUGACGGAUGCAAAGCCAUUGCUCAAGAAGAUGGAAAGGAAUGGAAUAGGCCUCAAAAGAGCUUCAUUCUAUAUGGCUUAUGCACUAUAUUAUGAGAAGCACAAGAGGUUCAAUGAUGCAGAGAAGAUGUACCGUUUGGGAUUAGAGAACCUUGCAGAGCCUAUUGGGGAGUUGCACAAAGCACAUAAACAGUUUAAUUUUCGCAUGGAAUCAUACAAGAGCAAAAAUAAGCUGCAGGAAAGAAUGACUAGGAAAGCUGGGUCUAGUGCUACAUCUAUGAACCAAGUCAAAGGUGAAAGCAGAAACUGUAAAGAACUGAAAUCCAAUACAAAGCAAACAUCAGGAAGCAGUUCUAAUCCUUCAUUAGGCUCUUAUCCUCCAUUAGGACCGGCUAAAGUUGGUAUGCUCUCCAGAGGAAACUCAGGAGCAAACAAGAAUUUGUCCCGUUGUAAUAGUGACGAUACUGUAGUUGUACAGUUUAUAGGCUCUGCUUUGGUUGGGAAGUCAGAGACUGAAGAUGCCUGUCACCAUGGCCUAGUUGAACCAACUAUAAACACUAAGGAGGCUUUGGAUGCCAUCAAUAGCAUGUUUAUGGAGCCACUGGAACCUGAAACUAUUCUCAAGAGGCGAUCAAAGCGUGAGAACCCAAAUUAUAAUCAGCAAGCAAGUGCAUUUGAUAUCUUUGUUGAUGACGAUGAACCUAGUGGCAAUGAUACAAAUAUGCUCCAGAACAACAGUGUGAAGCAAGACCAUACAAAAUUAAGUCAGCAAACAAGAGGAUUUGAGGUCCUUGUUGAUGAGGAUGGUCCUAAUGGCAACGACCAAAAUGGAACGCAAAACAGGAACUCUAGAAAGGAAAACAUGAGGUUCAAUCAGGAACCAAGUGUGUUUGAGAUCUUUGUUGAUGAGGAUGGCCCUAAUGGCAACAACCAAAAUGUGGGGCAAAACAAGAACUGUGGGAAGGAAAACAUGGAGGUAAAUCAGGAAAGCAGUGGGUUUGAAAUCUUUGUUGAUGAAAAUGAGGCUAAUAGCACUGCCCGGAAUGCUAUGUGCUACAAGAGUAAUAGGUAUCCUCCAAGACCAUUAUCUGAGUCAUCUAAGCAUCAAGGCGGAAGUGACUUCCAGAAGCCAUUUGUUGGAGGGUUUGCAAUAUUGCCAGAUGAUGAAGAACAAUGUGAGGAAAGUUAUGGUGGUGCUAAUAUAAUUUCCAGAACUAUGCAGCCUACUCAUGAUACUAGUACUUUGCUCUGUCCAGUUCAAGGUAAUUCAGGAACAAGGAAUCGUGAAGGUCCUCAUCCUGUGACUUCUGGGAUUCGAGAUGACACUGUCAUUCGUAGGUUUGUUGGGUCCACUAUUGAUGAUGAGCCUAAGGUGGAAAAUGCAUGCCACCAUGGGUUAGUUGAUCCAACUGUCAAUCUAAAGGAAGCAAUGGAUGAUAUAAACAACAUGUUUGGAAAACCACUGAACUUCAAGGGUGAAAGAACAAAGAGGAAAACUAAUGCACAGUCAGAUGGAAAAGCAGCUCCAGUUUCUGGUUUCUCCAUAUUAGCUGAUGAUGACCUAAAAGAGAACUCCACCAGCAAAGCCAGUCAGAGCAAUUCCUGCAAAUUUGGGGAUGAGAAUGGUCUAUUUGAACCCACAAUCACCACUCGUGAUGUCAUGGCAGAGAUCAACAAUAUGUUUGGAAUGCCACUAGACUUGUAA